AUGGCUUCUGACAGUCCUCGGCUGGUCGACAACGAUCAGGUACAACGAGCAAGCCUGCACAAUCCACUGCCGAUCUACCUACGACUCUACGUCUGGCCUUUUACAAUCCUGUGGCCAAUCUUCUGUGCUCUCUACUUCGACCAGGAUCGAUACGAUGAUUACAUAGAUGGACAAGAAUGGACAUUUGUGUGGGUUGCCACAAUCAGUUCCUUGCAAGCCCUUGCCUGGCUGUCCACCAAAUGGAGCGUCAACCUCGACACCGCCUUCACGUGCGUCAAGGCUAGUUCUGUUGAUGAUGCUAGUCUGAUCAAGAUCAUACCUAUUGAGAACUCUGGUGCCGCUGGCAUAUGCAAGAUUGAGCGGGAGAAGGAGGGUUCAAAGACCAAGACCUCCUUCUUAUUUCAGAAGAGACGUUUUGUAUACUCGGCUACUACCGGAACUUUCGCGCCUCUUACCUAUAUCUUGGAUGCGAAGCAAAAGCCAACUAUCGGCUUCUUUCAGGAAUCCAAGGGACUUAUCAUUCCGACAAAGGUUGACGAAAUUCACAAGCACUAUGGCGACAAUACAUUCGAUAUCCCCGUGCCUACCUUUACCGAGCUUUGGAAAGAGCAUGCUGUUGCCCCGUUUUUCAUCUUUCAGAUCUUUUGUGUUGGUCUCUGGUUGCUGGAUGACUAUUGGUACUACUCCCUGUUUACCCUGUUCAUGCUCGUCGCCUUUGAGAGUACCGUGGUGUGGCAAAGACAGAGGACUCUCAACGAGUUUCGAGGCAUGAGUAUCAAACCUUACGAUAUAUGGGUCUACCGAGCCGGGAAAUGGACCGAGACCACAAGCGAUAAAUUGUUACCAGGUGAUCUGGCCUCUGCCAAUCGUACCCAGGAAGAUUCUGGUGUAGCUUGUGACAUGCUUCUGAUCGAGGGUACGGCUAUCGUGAACGAAGCUAUGCUGUCCGGUGAGAGCACACCACUACUCAAGGAGUCAAUUCAACUCCGCCCAGCAGACGCGACAAUCGACCCCGAGGGCCUCGAUAAGAAUGCCUUUCUCUAUGGAGGCACCAAGGUGUUACAGAUUACUCAUCCAAACGUCUCCGAAGACUCAUCCGAAAACGUUUCUCAAUUGAGCAAUGGUGUUCCUCCUCCACCAGACAAGGGUGCAAUGGCUAUCGUCCUGAAGACUGGCUUUGAAACUAGCCAAGGAAGCUUGGUGCGGACCAUGAUCUUUUCUACUGAACGUGUUUCAGCGAACAACGUUGAAGCUCUGUGGUUCAUUCUGUUCCUUCUGGUCUUUGCUCUAGCUGCCUCGUGGUACGUCUGGCAAGAAGGUGUUAAGAACGACAGGAAACGUUCUAAGCUGUUACUCGACUGUAUCUUGAUCGUCACCAGCGUAGUCCCACCUGAACUGCCUAUGGAGCUGUCUCUGGCUGUCAACACUUCGUUAGCUGCGCUCGGCCGCUUUGCCAUUUUCUGCACGGAACCUUUCAGGAUACCCUUUGCAGGUCGAGUAGAUGUUGCCUGCUUCGACAAGACAGGCACUCUGACAGGUGAAGAUCUAGUCGUUGAUGGUAUCGCAGGUCUAUCGCUAGAUAAAGCAGAUGCUAAGGCCGAAGCUGAUGGUGCGCAAACCGAUGUUACUAAGGUCAGCGAUAUUCCUGCACACACUAUGCUUGUCCUUGGUUCAGCCCAUGCCCUGGUUAGGCUCGAAGAAGGAGAUAUAGUCGGUGACCCCAUGGAGAAGGCUACUCUGAACGCCUUAAACUGGACUUUAGGGAAGAAUGAUACAUUGACCAGUAAUCCUCCUAAAGGACCCAAAGCCAACCAAAAUCCUACCCAUGUCGUUCAGAUCAAGAGACGUUUCCAAUUCUCUUCAGCGCUGAAGCGACAGAGUUCGGUGGCUAUCACUACCUUUACACAUCCUACCGACGGUCGAAAAGCAAAAGCCACUUUUGUGGGCGUCAAGGGAGCGCCGGAGACUAUCCGUGGAAUGCUGAAAGAUACACCUCCCAAAUAUGAGGAGACCUUCAAGCACUUCACGAGGAAUGGUUUCCGUGUCCUGGCUUUAGCAUGGAAAUAUUUGGCCAUGGAUGAGCUUGGUCAAAAGCGAAUCAAUGACCUCAAACGUGAAGAUGUCGAGUCUAAUCUUCAGUUUGCUGGGUUUCUCGUAUUACAAACACCUCUGAAAGAGGAUGCAUUAAAGUCGAUACAGAUGCUGAACGAAAGCAGCCACCGAACGGUUAUGAUUACUGGUGAUAAUCCAUUAACAGCGGUACAUGUUGCUAAACAAGUCGAGAUUGUGGAUAGAGAUUGCUUGAUAUUGGACGCUCCAGAAAAUGACACGUCUGGCAAGAACUUAGUAUGGCGUAGUGUCGACGAGAAGACCACCAUACCUGUGGAUCCAACUGCUGAUCUGGACCCGAAAAUCAUCGAAACCAAAGAUUUGUGUGUUACCGGAUAUGCUUUGUCUAAAUUUACAGGUCAAAAAGCCCUACCCAAGCUCUUACGCCACACUUGGGUCUAUGCCCGCGUCUCUCCAAAGCAGAAGGAAGAAAUUCUGCUUGGCCUCAAGGACCAAGGCUACACCACGCUCAUGUGUGGUGAUGGUACGAAUGACGUUGGCGCGUUGAAGCAAGCACAUAUCGGUGUUGCCCUACUGAAUGGUACUCAAGAAGUCCUCAGCAAGAUUGGUGAGCACUGGAGGAACAACCAAAUGAAGUCUGUCUAUGAGAAACAAUGCGCUAUGAUGAAGAGAUUCAAUCAACCAGAGCCACCAGUACCCAAGCAUAUCGCACACUUGUACCCACCAGGACCAAAGAAUCCACAUUACGAGGCUGCUAUGAAAGCAAUUGCGGAGAAGAAAGGUGUUGUUCUUGAGAAUGGCGCUGCAAAGGAAGGCAAUGGCUCAGUCGAAACAAUCACUUCUCCUGGUGCUCAGGCCUUGCAACAGGCCAACCAAAACCUGACUCCCCAGCAGAAGCGUGCUCAAGAAGCACAAGAGAAGGCUGCUGGAUGGGCUGACAAGCUCACCAGUGCUAUGAUGGAGAAUGAGCUUGACGAGAGCGAGCCACCAACCAUUAAGCUAGGUGAUGCCUCAGUGGCAGCGCCUUUCACCAGCAAGCUGUCCAACGUCAUUGCAAUUCCAAACAUCAUCCGUCAAGGUCGUUGUACCCUUGUGGCCACCAUUCAGAUGUACAAAAUUUUAGCUCUCAACUGCUUAAUCUCUGCUUACUCUCUGUCGGUCAUAUAUCUUGCUGGUAUCAAGUUUGGUGACGGGCAAGUCACCAUAUCAGGCAUGCUAAUGUCUGUCUGUUUCUUGUCGAUCUCUCGAGCCAAGUCUGUCGAAGCAUUGUCCCGUGAGCGACCACAACCGAACAUCCUCAACAUGUACAUCCUCGGAUCAGUCUUGGGCCAAUUCGCUGUACAUUGUGCGACCCUCAUUUAUCUCUCAAGGGUUGUGUACAGUAUCGUUCCUCCCAGCGAUGAACUCGAUCUGGAAGGAGAGUUUGAGCCUUCUCUACUCAAUUCAGCGGUCUACCUCAUGCAGCUCAUUCAGCAAGUGUCCACUUUCGCUAUCAACUACCAAGGUCGACCAUUCCGUGAAUCGAUUCGUGAGAACAGAGGUAUGUACUGGGGCCUUAUCGCCUGUUCCUUCGUUGCUUUCGCUGGAUCUACAGAAUUCAUUCCCGAGCUCAACGAGAAACUGCGACUCGUACCUUUCACGUACAACUUCAAGGUGACCCUGACGACACUCAUGGUACUGGAUUAUGUAGGAUGCUGGGUGGUAGAAUAUGUCUUCAAGGCACUAUUCAGCGACUUGAAACCAAAGGACAUUUCCAUUCGCAGGCCCGAUCAGCUCGAGCGCGAUGAGAAAAGAAGACGCGAAGCUGCUGAGAAGCUUGAGGAGGAGCGGAACAAAGCCAUUGAGGAGAAGAUCAAGGCUAUUGAAGAGAAAAGGGGAGUGGCAAACACUACUGGUCCUGUAAAGAAGAGAUAG